GUCUUUUUUUUUCUUUUUCUUUCAGGCGCAGCGACAAAAUCCAACAAAUCUUCUUGUUUGUUUUCUGUCUGUAUCAACAUUCACUCCUCACAACUAGAGCCAGCGUCACACGGACAUUAAAACAGGGUAGAAAAAGGAAAAAAGAAAGCAGACUGGGUCGGCAGAGUCGUUGCACAUGGAGGUAGAGGGGAUGGAAGAUGAAGGGUCCUCGCCCCAGAGUGAACUUCCACAAAGUGAAGAUCUCCAGUGGGAAGAGCAGGAAUCACAGCAUCUGGAGAGCUCCGCGCCUGUAGAGAAUGUGUACGUGGAUAAGAAAGCAGUGGACAAACUCACAGAGGGGUUACUCUCUCACUACCUACCAGAUCUACAAAACUCUAAAAGAGCCCUUCAGGAGCUCACACAAAAUCAGCUGAUACUGUUGGACACACUGGACCAAGAAGUCACUAAGUUCAGAGAAUGUAACACCUUAGUGGACCUCAACUCCCUGUUUACAGAGGCGAAGGUUUACCACAAUAAGCUGGUGAACAUAAGGAAAGAGAUGAUAAUGCUCCAUGAAAAAACAACUAAACUAAAGAAAAGAGCUUUGAAGCUGCAGCAACAAAAGCAGAAGGAGGCGCUGGAGAAGGAGCAGCAACGUGAGAAGGAGCUCGAGAGGGAAAGGCAGCUUAUCGCCAAACCCGCCAAAAGAACGUAGGAUCCCCCAAGUAUGUCUGCUGUAUUAAAAGACUGUCCAGACACUCAAACUCAACAUGUCCCAAGAAGGACAGCUGAUGGUGCUGCCUCCAGAGCCACAUGCCCCAACUGAGAGGAAACCUUUAUAUAGUCUCGAUGCAGGCUGAUUUCCAACAGCCUGCAGCUGAGCUCCACUCCGCAGGUGCAGCAGAUCUAACUGAGGAGCAGGUGAGCCGUGACCUGGCUUUGGUGGAAAAAAACCUACAGCCUUUCAUAUCAAUCCAUAACAGUUUCUAGCACAGAAAAAACCUGAAUCUGUCGUUAUCUGGUAGCUUGACUCCUGUUGUUUCCUCGAUAAAAGCGCUCACUCAUCUUUAUAGUGACACUGCAGUAAGAAAAAAGCUUGGAACAGGCUGAAAUAUUUAAUUUUGAGCACGUCAAACAGUUAUGAAAAAAAAAAUUCUUUAUCAGUAGAUUCAACUAUUCGAAACAGUAUUAUGCUUUGGAAAAUGGUUCACCUUAGAGACAGUAUAUGUGAUUAUUUGUAAAUGUGCUAAAACUUGCUGAACCUCUGAUGCGAUCCUCUCUGACGUUGCCAAGAUCACCACAAACCAAAGACAUGGACUAAAUCAUCAAAUGCUGGUAUUUCCCACUAUCAACCUCUGAUGACACACAAAUUUGUGCACUUCCCUGAGAACAGAACAAAUACCUUUUGCAGCCAUCAGACGAUGGCCUCCAGGGAGAAUCGGUGCGUUUGCUGUCUUUUGCUAAAUAUACAGUAUUAAUAUAUGUUGUUCCUGGGCUUCGUCCCUGUUAGUGUUGAAUGUCAUAGAACUGGUAUGUUGUUUAAAAUCAAAUAGUUCUGCACUAAAUUUGACUGUAUUCCUGGGCUCCAGAUAAUAUAUAUAUAUGGAUAACAUGAUAAUGGAUGAUAAAAUGUACCAAACACAGUAUCUGUAAAUGAGUUUAACGGACCUAUCAAGAGGCUUCUAUGCACUAGUGACGCCUGGAACUCCACUGUUUGUACAAUUAAUAAUAAAAGCAACACAAAGUGAUUUGUAGUA